AUGCCGGAAGCUGUUGGGAUUGCAAAUUUGCCUAAUCAAAGGUAUGUUCAUUAAAUGAUGGAGCCAAACCAAUCCAUAAAUUUUGGUGUAUGUGAACAAUAAUUAAGGAUUACGUGUACUAACAUUCUAGGUAUAAACUUGUUUUUAAAGAAGGCGCCAACUUCACAUUGAUGGUUGCAGGUGAAGGUGGGUUAGGUAAAACUACAUUUAUUAACACGUUGUUUCAAUCAGCGUUGAAAAGUUAUCAGGAGCCAACCGAGAGACAUUCUAAAUUCACCAGUUCUCACCAAACAGUGGACAUCGACAUAGUUAGAGCCAUUUUGGAAGAAAAGAACUUCAAGAUUAGAUUGAACAUCAUUGACACUCCAGGAUUUGGUAAUAACGUAAAUAAUCAUGAUUCAUGGACUCCGAUUAUUGACUUUAUUGACGAUCAACAUGAGGCUUACAUGAAACAAGAACAACAACCAUAUAGAACUAACAAGAAGGAUCUCAGGGUGCAUGCGUGUUUAUAUUUCAUUAGACCAACGGGUCAUACGUUGAAACCGCUUGAUAUCGAAAUCAUGAAGAGAUUGUCAAGCAGAGUUAAUUUAAUUCCAGUUAUUGCUAAGUCAGACACCUUAUCGCCUAAGGAAUUAGAUGCGUUUAAGAGCAGAAUAAGGGAUAUCAUCGAAGCACAAGAUAUUAAUAUUUAUACUCCUCCUUUGGAAUUGGAUGACCCUGCUAGUGCCGAACACUCCAAACAGUUGAUUGAAAGUAUGCCUUUUGCUGUCAUUGGAUCUGAAGAUGAGUUCGAGGCUAGCCCUGGUAACUUUGUUAAAGGGAGAAAAUACCCUUGGGGUCUCGUUGAAGUGGAAAAUGAAAACCAUUGUGACUUCAAGAAAUUAAGAAGCUUACUAUUAAGAACUAAUAUGUUGGAUCUUAUCUUAUCGACCAAUGAAAUGCAUUUUGAAACUUUCAGAUCUUUGAAAUUAGGCGAUGAAGAAGAAAGUGCAAACGGUAGAGAAAUUACUGAAACAGAUGAAAAUGGUGAAGUUGUUAAGAAGCCUGCUAAUUACAAAAAACCAAGAAGAUUAUACAAUCCUAAAUUUAAAGAUGAAGAAGAUGCUUUAAAGAAAUUUUUCACUGAGCAAGUCAAGGCUGAAGAACAAAGAUUCAGACAAUGGGAGACAAAUAUUGUCAAUGAAAGAAAUAGAUUGAACCAAGAUCUUGAAGAGAUGCAAUCUAAUUUGAAGACUUUAGAAGAUCAAGUUAAAAAAUUGCAAUUAAAUAAACGCUAA